UCGCAGUUUAAGUUCUCGGCUUCGCGUAGACGGACGGUCGACUCUCCACUAAAUAAAAUUAAAUAGCCUGUAGUCCUAUCUUUCGAUCCGUUGCGUGUGCUGCAGUUGAUCUACGUACUCCGUAAUUGGUUCUCAAGUGAUUUUUCCACUCAAAAUGAUGAAGUCUGUGUGCCUUUUUGUGAUCGUGAUCCAAGCUCUUUGGAUAGUUCAGGCUGAGACCCCUGCGUAUAUCAAACAAUGCCGGAGGGAUGACCCCAAGUUGGUGGACUGUUUCAUUGGAGCCAUUGAACACCUGAAGCCCUACUUGGCCAAUGGCAUUGCCGAUAUUCAGCUGCCCUCUGUGGAGCCCUUCAAGAUGGACACUCUGGCCCUGCAGCUGACGGAGGGGCCUCAGGGAUACAAGAUCACGCUGAAGAACAUGGAGGCCUUCGGGGCGAGCAACUUCCAGGUGAAGUCCCUCAAGCUGAGCGAAGGCAGCGAGCCCUUCAAGGCCAAGAUCGUGAUGCCCAAGCUGAAGAUCGAGGCCAAGUACACCAGCUCGGGGGUCCUGCUGAUCCUGCCGGCCUCCGGAGGCGGGGACUUCCACGCCAACUUCGAGGGCGUGACCGCUGAUCUCACCGGAAAGACAUCGAUUCACGCGGCCAAGGGCGGAAACUACCUGCACAUCGAUGCCCUCAGCUUGGUUUUGGACGUUAAGGACGUUAAAAUGAGCAUCUCGGGAGCGUUUAACAACAACCGUAUUCUGCUGGAGGCCACCAAUCUCUUCUUGCGCGAGAACUCCCAAGUCGUUUUGGAGGCCAUGCAGGCGCAACUGCAGAAAAAGUUGGCCACUGAAUUCGGCAAACUCGCCAACCAGCUUCUGAAGAACGUUCCUAUCGAGCAAUUCUACGUGGAUUAAGCUUAAAUAUCCAAGAUUCUAGUUCGUUAGCUUAAGAUAAUAUGUAUUUAGGUGUAAGCUACUCUGUAACGCUAUGAACCAAGUAUUAAAAUGUAUGUGGUGAAACUGUGAA